GCGGGCGGUUAACAGUUACUAAUCUCUUUCUGACAACAGUUUUUUUCAGGAUGGCUCGUUCCAGUCAGCCUGCAGGGAAGCCAUUUAUGUGCCCCGUAGUGUUAUGUGUUGCUGCAGAGGUAAACACAUCACUGCCAAUCUCAUAUUCUUCCAAUAUGAAGCUCGUGUCCAGGGCCAAAUGUGGUUGCUCUUGUAUGAAUUGUGGUAUGUUGACUGCAUUGCAAUUGCUUGUGUGCUCCGUAGGUGGAAGUUGAGAGUUGAAUUGAGUUGACACAGUUGAGUAGAGUUGUUGGUUGAGGCGCAGAUCAUCAUGGGAGAUAGAGAAUGCUAUAACUGCCAUCGUACUGGACACAUGGCGCGUGAAUGUCCGGAUGGUGAUAGACGUGGAGGUGGUGGUGGUGGCAGACCUCGUGGUGGCGGUGCUGGUGGCAACAAGUGCCACAACUGUGAUGAGGUUGGUCACAUUGCACGUGAAUGUCCGAGCAAGGACUCCGGGUCCCGAGGUGGCGACAGAGGUGGACCUAGACGUGGUGGUGGUAACAUGGAGUGGUACAACUGCGGGGAACAGGGACACAUCUCACGCGAGUGUGACAAAGAACGAAAGCCAAGAGAUGGUGGCAGGCGUGGAGGUGGAGACAUAGAGUGCUACAACUGUCAUGAGACUGGUCACAUCUCUAGAGAUUGUCCCUCGUCCUCUGGUGGUGGCGGUGGUGGUCGUCGAGAGGGAGGCAGCUACGGUGGUCGGGAUGGUGGUGGUCGUCGACCUCCUGGCAAGUGCUACGAGUGUGGUGAGGAGGGACACCUUGCCCGCCAUUGCCCGGAGAUAAUUUUCAUCGGGCGAAUUUGCUCAUAAUAAAUCAUGGUUAAUGAGAUGUCUAAGUAAUGUUUCUGUGUAAAAUUGGUUUAUUUAAAAAAAUCAGAAGAGCAUGUAAGAAAAGUUGAUAGCUAAAUCUGUGUAGACUGGUGCAUAAACGAGUAUCAUGACAUGACAUCUCGUCAAAUUGGUUAAAUGAUGAACACAUCUUAAGAUGGGCACACACAAGUUGAAGUUGAACAAUAAUUAAAUAUUUAAUGAAAACAUUUCUGUGUGAUAGGUAAUUUUCAUUAUAAUGAAGGAAAAGGAAUGUAUUCAUCAAACAGCCAAUUUUGGUGAAGUGUUAUUCAUAAAUUGUCCAUUUAGUUAGGGUUGCAAUGGGCAGUUUUUAACGUACUGCAAGACAAUACUAUAAUAGUGUACUGGACAAGCUAACCCUAAAAACUCCGAAGGUGUAGUUAGGAGGAUUCUAUCAUAGUAACAACUGAUGUGGUUUGGGAACAUUUACUAUGGUAUAACGAGUGUUUCAGGUUGGCAAGGGAUACAUUGGAAGCAGGAAUGUGAAAUAUUUAUAUAAAAAAAUGUCCGUUAUCGUAGGUGGCGUCGUUUGGGAGGUGGUUGGGUAAAGGUAUUAUUGCAAAUGAUUACUCCAGUCACCGUUUCUGAUACUUUGGGGUUUUGGUGAUUAGUUCAAAGUAUCCCAUUUUAUUCAGUAGAUUCAUCUUAUUGAUGGGGCCCAGGAGGUGUUGACAUCUGUGCCUGAUUAUGUUUGACACGGAAUGCUUAAAUAUAUAAGGUUUAUGCAUUUGGAUAGUUGGGACUUCCGGAAAUCCAAAAAAGCUAUUUAAAACGCUUGGAUGUGGGGAGGUUUGUGGUGUAGGUUGUAUUCUCUAUUUACAGGGGUUGAUUAUAAUGUUAAUAAAGCCCUGUAAUUAGAGCGUGACAUGACUACAGUGUUCUCAUAAAGGCAGCUCGCGUAUUAAAGGAGGUAUUAAGGGAUAUCUGUAUAUAGAAUGUAUGACCUUGGAAUUGUAAUUGUUCUGUUAUAUUUAACAUUUUAUGUGGUUUUUAAAGUAUUUAAUGCUAUGUGGCAAAAUUUGGUAAUUGUGAAACAUUUAUUUGUAUUUGAUUCGUCUUUUGUAGUACAUUUGUUAAAUGUUGGAACAACAUGUGGAGUGUGAAAAUAAUAAAAAGUCGUUAAUUA